AUGGAAGCAACAGUCUAUGGUGGAGUGGAAGGGGCUGAAAGGGAAGCGGAAGUCCCUGCUGAUGGAGUGGAAGCUUUUGUAGCCAUGCAUAUACAAGGGGCUAAAAGGGAAGCGGAAGUCCCUGCUGAUAUUGUGGAAGGCUUCCCAGCCAUGGAAGUCGAAGCCGCUGAAAUUGACACUUCAGUUUGUGACAAACAAGUGCACCAACAACCUCACAAGGUUCCUACUUCGGAAGAUGUGAAGGUUCCUAGUCUUGAAGAUCCCCUCAUUCCUAGUCCGGAAGAUAGGGAAGGGGGGUGGGACGCAAGGCGAGGCCCUCCCAUGGAAACUAGUAUAAAUCUGGUUGGUGAUGAAGGGGACAAGGAGGCUAAUGCCACGGUUCAGAAACCAGAUGCGGAAGGCAAAGGAUGCAGACUGAAGCGGCCCGCGAAAACAUUGUUGAGUCCAUUCACUGAUCCCUCCAGGAAAAAGAGGCCGACUACUGGUUUUCAUGCACAGACACCUGAGGCCCUUGCGGAGCUGGAGCUCGAACCAUUUGUAGUUGGGGCAGAUUUUUUUUACAAACUUGUAGAUGAAACUGCAUGGAUGAGCUCGAGGCACCUUGACAUGGCCAUGUUUCUAAUACGCAAAAGACAACUCUCUCAUCCUCAAGUAUUUGGAACGGAGUGGACAACUGCCGAGUUUUGUCUGCAGUCCCAUUGGGUGGCUGUAGAAAUUGACUUUGUCAGACAUACUGCCACUGUCUACGACUCGUAUACUGUUUUUACCUCCAACACAAUGCUUGUCCGACAGAUGGAGCCUAUUACCCAGACGCUUGCAAAGGUGUUGUAUGACAUGAGGUUUUAUGAGAAAUCGGAGGUUGAAGCGGUGAAGAAAAAGGGGAUUGACAUGCCAACGUUUAACCCAUUCACAAUUUGCAGAAUUUCCGAUGUUCCUCAGCAAAGUGAUGGUAUGUGCACUUCUAACUUCUGUACUGCUCGGGUGGACAGUACCUCAUGUGGCAUUAUGACCGUCAAAUUUAUUGAGUAUCUCAGUGCUGGCAUUCCUUUUAAUACCCUUGACCCAGCCAAGUUUGGCUACUACCGAUUGAAGCUUGCAAUCGAGGCUCUCAGGGGAGAGGCCUAUGUAUGA